UACGAUUUCUUACUCCUGUAGCGAAGCUAUACUCCCAUCUCUUACAAAAUUGCAUACACACACACACACACACACACAUAUAUAUAUAUAUAUAUGUACACAAACACUUUCCAAUUCCGAUCAUAACUCAGUAGUUCUACUCCGACAAACAGUACAAUAUAGUACCAAGAUGUCUUACCCAAAGUCGACCCCAGAAAUCUCUCUCUACCCAGAAGUCAUUCUCACAAACCCAGAAGCCACUUCUCCUCUCCUCUCCAAGCCGACCACCACCACCUCUUCUUCUUUGUACCCUGCCAUUGACAUGACGGACGUCGCCGACAAUCUCUUCCCCGACGACGACGCCGUUUCGACCCACCCCUCCGAGGAGGUGCUGGUCACGAUCCCCGGCGCGAUGCUCCACCUCAUCGAGAACGACAACAGCGUCGAGCUCGCCUGCGGCGAUUUCUCCGUGGUCGGCCUCCGGCAAGGCGCCAACAUCGUCGCCGUCCUCGCCCGCAUCGGCGACGAGAUCCAGUGGCCGCUGGCGAAAGACGAAGCCACCGUGAAGCUCGACGAGUCGCACUACUUCUUCACCCUCCGAGUCCCUUCCACCGACGAAUUCGCGACCGAGAGCGACGACGGCGAGAUCGUCUCCGUCGCGGCGGGGCAGUUCGAGGUGCUAAAUUACGGCCUGACGAUCGCAUCCAAAGGGCAGGAGGGUUUGCUGAAGGAAUUGGAUCGAAUUCUGGAGACGUACAGCUGCUUCUCGACGGAGAAGGUGACGGGAGGGGAAUUUAGGGUUUUGGACGGGGCGGUGGCGAGGGAGACGACAGCGGAGGAGAUGAGAUCGGAGUCGGAGAAGAUGGAGAGGUUGAGGGAGAGCUCGGCGGCGUAUUGGACGACGCUGGCGCCGAAUGUGGAGGAGUACGGGGGGCGGGUGGCGAAGAUGAUUGCGGCCGGGUCGGGGCAGCUCAUCAGAGGGAUCUUGUGGUGCGGCGACGUGACGGUGGAUAGGCUCAAGUGGGGGGAUGAGUUCUUGAGGAAGAGACUGGCGGCCACUUCCACUGCCACCGUUUGUCCUCGUACCUUAAGGAGGAUCAAGAGGGUUAAGAAGCUGACAAAGAUGUCGGAGAAUGUGGCCCUUGGAAUCCUUUCUGGGGUCAUCAAAGUAUCAGGAUUCUUCACGAGUUCGAUAGUGAACUCUGCAGUGGGCAAGAAAUUUUUUAGCCUCAUGCCUGGAGAGAUUGUCCUUGCUUCCUUGGACGGAUUCUCUAAAGUCUGCGAUGCUAUUGAAGUCGCUGGAAGGAAUGUCAUAUCAACCACAUCGGUUGUGACCACUGGACUUGUUUCUCAGAGGUAUGGAGAACAAGCAGGACAGGCGACAAAUGAAGGGCUUGAUGCGGCAGGGCAUGCUAUUGGGACUGCAUGGGCCGUCUUUAAGAUAAGAAAAGCUCUCAAUCCAAAGAGCGUUAUUAAACCCACAACUCUUGCUAAAGUUGCUGCUGGAGCCAACUCUCCUCAGUUGAGGAGGGCUAAAACCAAGUAGUGACCUCAGAAACAGUUCUCUCUGCCUACGGUUAGCAAAUGUAGCUUAGAGUGGAAACCUUUGUAUGAAUAGCGGAAGGAAUUGCAAAUAUAUGUUGGUUCUUUGUAACAUGUUCACCCAGUAGUAAAAGUUUUUUUUUGCCCUAUUAUAUUAUUACUUUACUGAAUCGGUAUUCAACUGGUUCUAUAAUUUCAUCGUGUGCUUUAGAGGAUAUACAUUGGAUUUGAUUAUCAUAUCAAUAUAGCAUGUUGAGACAAUCCUAUUCGAGGCGAUAAAAGAUGAAAGGGGAUUAGAGCUAGUUGCUAUAAUGUGACGUCAAAGAACAUUAGUUAUGCCAACUGAGGUUCUUUUGCCCAAGUAUGUAUCCCAUUCUGCAGCAACUAUAGGAUUUUUGGUCUUUCAUUAUCAUAAA